AUGACACUAAAGCUAUUUGUUGCUCUGUAUAUUAUGCCUUUUAUAGAUCUGUAUCAGCAAAUCCGCACCUUCCUCUUUGCUAUUGAUGAGAUUAACAGGAACCCGGAUCUGUUACCCAACAUCACCCUGGGAUACCGUGUAUAUGAUUCCUGUGGGGAUCCCCGUCUCGCUAUAGGGAGUGCCCUGCAGAUAUUAUCUGGCCCUGGGAAUGUGGUGCCUAAUUACUCCUGUAGGGGCAAAGGGGAAAUUGCUGGAUUUAUUGGAGAUCAGUCCUCACUCACAUCCCUGCCUAUAGCCCAGCUGCUGGGUGUAUAUGGAUACUCACAGAUCAGCUAUGGCGCCACAGACCCUACACUGAGUGACAGAGAGAUGUUCCCAUACUAUUUUAGUACAGGGCUGAGUGAUGAUAUUCAGCACAUUGCUGUGGCAGAGCUGGUGGAACAGUUGGGUUGGACCUGGGUGAUCAUUGUGGCCCCCGAUAAUGACAGCGGAGAGAAGCAGAGUCGGAACCUUCAAAAUGAGAUCAGCAAACAUGGCGCCUGUGUUGACAUCAUUAUCUUUAUUACAGAAGAUGCUGACACAAAUAAGAGAUAUUUUGAAAGAAUACGAAUAUCAACUGCUGAGGUUAUUGUCCUGUGUGGGACACCGUCUGAUUCAGUACAACAAUCACUAUGCGCUCUGGAGUCAGUGACUCAUGAAAAGACUUUGGUGGUUACAUUGUCAUGGGGUAAAAAUAAAUAUGGUUCUGACUUGUUAUUAAAUGGCAGUUUAAUGUAUAUCUAUCCAAAUAACCUAAAUGAAUUAUUAGAUGAGCAGUUCCAUGAUUAUGUCUUAUCAGUUACUGAAGACACCACAUUUCUUAAAGAGCUUCUGGCACUUUAUCCCUCAUGCUGGGCUCAAGAGAAUAUUAAUAAAUAUUAUUUUAGGAACUGCACUGAGAAGAAAACUAUAAAAGAACUGGAAGUUUAUUUCAGGCACAAUGCGGAAGUGUACAGAUCAGUAUAUACAAUGACUGUGAAAUCCCAGUGUUCUGCAAACUGCCCUCCUGGCUCCAGAAAAAUGGCGGGGAAAUCAGCGGUGCCCUGCUGCUAUGCCUGUGUGCCCUGCUCCCAUGGGGAGAUCUCUAAUAGAACAGAUAUGGAAAAUUGUUACAAAUGUGAAGACACUGAGUGGCCAAAUCAGGAGAAGACCCUGUGUAUUGAGAAACAAAUUGAAUUUCUUUCCUAUGCUGGUGAUCCCCUAACUCUAAUCUCUAUUAUUUCAUCUGUAAUCCUUUUUAUAAUAGCAGCAGUUAUACUGGGAAUCUUUAUUUCAUUCCGAGACACCCCAGUAGUGAGAGCCAAUAAUCACACUCUGAGCUUUAUUCUCCUUGUCUCCAUCAAGCUGAGCUUCCUCUCUGUGUUUCUGUUCCUCGGUCGCCCUGUGGAUAUAACCUGCAUGCUCCGGCAAACCUCCUUUGGGAUCACCUUCUCCAUAGCUGUGUCUUGUGUCCUGGCCAAGACUCUCAUGGUUUCCAUUGCAUUCAAAGCCACCAAGCCUGGGAGUCCCUGGAGAAAAUGGGUUGGGGUAAAACUGGCAAAUGGCCUUGUUUUUAUUUGCUCAUUAAUUCAGUUUCUGAUUAGUGUUAUCUGGUUGGUCAUUGCACCCCCUUAUGUGGAGCACAACACACAUUCUGAACCUGGAAAAAUCAUCAUUCAGUGCAAUGAGAGCUCAGUAGUUGCCUUCUAUAUUGUCCUCUCCUACAUGGGACUGUUGGCAUCUGUGAGCUUCAUUGUAGCUUUCUUGGCUCGGAGCUUACCGGACAGUUUUAAUGAGGCCAAGUACAUCACUUUCAGCAUGCUG